CGACAGUGCUUACAUCACCACUUGCAAAAAGAGCGGCUCAAGCAACUUAUUGGUCUUCAUGGAUAGACAGAGAUGACACUAGUGGUACUGGAGACUGGGAGGAUAGAGAGAGCCUCGAAAAGGGACUGGGUGCGGUGAUGCCAUGCCAGAAUCCACUAGCAAUAGACUGCAGGACAGUACGAACCCAUAUUCCUGCUUCGUCAACUGGUCAGGUGUUUAAAGAAGGUGCUGAUUGUUCAGUAGAAGGUGGACUGGUGUGUGUCAACAAUGAACAAAGACCAGGUUCUCGAUGUCUUGACUAUGAAAU